AUGGAACACCAAACUGAAUAUGGCUUUGCAAAGCUUGGCUUCAAACAGUCUCUACCUGACAACUCCCUAUUUGUGAAGGGUGAAGGGAGCUCCUUUGUGGCUCUGUUAGUAUAUGUAGAUGACAUAAUUGUAGGCAAUGCUGAUUUAAAGUUGGUACAACAACUUAAUGCCAACUUUCAAAUUAAAGAUCUAGGGCCCUUGAAAUACCAGAUUAAAGAUCUACGGCCGAUGAAAUACUUCCCAGGAUUGGAAGUGGCCAAACAAAGGAAAGGGGUUGCAAUUUCUCAAAGAAUAUAUGCUCUUGAACUAUUAAAAGAUGCAGGUUUUAUAGAUGCCAAACCAGUCCACAGUCCUACCACUCCAUCACACAAGCUAAGCAAAGAUGGAGGAAAUCUACUUGAUGAUAACACUCAGUACAAAAGGUUGGUAGGCAAGAUUUUAUAUCUAACCAUCACGAGGCCUGAUAUAAGCUUUGCUACACAACAAUUCUCUCAGUUCUUGGAUACACCUACUGAUCUACACCUUCAAGCAGCUCACAGGGUCUUGAGAUAUAUAAAAGCUGCCCCUGGUCAGGGCCUUUUCUUUCCAGCCAUGACCUGCAAUUAA